UGCUGUGUAGAUGGUACAGUCCACAUGCAGUUCGGAGUUGUUGCUGAGGAGGUUGCACUGUUCAGAACAUACCGUUAAAUUGGCAUGCAGCCUACGCUUGCGUCCUGUAGCAGGAUACUGCCCUGAUUUCGAAAAUGUUACCGUCUUAUCACCGGAGUUACCUUGCACAGCAGGGUUGGGUUGCUUUAUUUCACCUUUUGUGCAGUAUUACAGGUGUUUGGGGCAGUCAGGUGGUGGUGCCUCAGAGGGUGAAUGCUGUGCUGGGGAAGAAUGUGACAUUAGAGUGCAGAGUGGAGGUGGGCACAAACCUUACUCUCACUCAGAGUUCCUGGGAGCGCCGUCUGCCUACAGGCUCUGUCACAGUGGCGGUCUACAACCCACGGUAUGGCAUCUCUAUCCCUCCAGAGUUUAUUCAUCGCUUGCAUUUUCGCUCACCUUCGUCGCAUGAUGCCACAAUUGUCCUGGGAAACGUAGGCUUCGCUGACGUUGGGAUCUAUACCUGUAAAGUUGCCACAUUUCCUCUAGGAAACACUCAAGCCUCCACUACUGUCAGUGUACUCGUUGAGCCGAAAGUCUACGUGUCUGCAGGUUCAACUGCCCUGAUCGACGGUGGCAAUGAUACUGUGGUGGCCACCUGUAUUGCUGAGCGGGCCCGGCCCCCUGCUGAGGUGUCCUGGGAGUCCAACCUUUUUGGCCAGUCAGAAGUGCAGCUAUUUGACGAAGCCAACGGCACAACCAGCACACAAGUGAGCUACCUCUGGCAGCCCACACGUCACGUCCAGGGCCACACACUCACCUGUGUGGUCCGCCACCCGGCCCUGCAGAGUGACUUCAGGAUCCCCUACCAGCUCAAUGUGCAGUUUGCUCCUGAUAUCUCCGUUGUGGGCUAUGAUGGAGACUGGUAUGUGGGUCGGGAAAAUGUUCAAAUGACGUGCAAAGCCAACGCAAACCCACCGGCUAAUCACUUCAGAUGGAUCAGAUUGGACAGUGAAAUGCCAGAAGGGGUGGAAGUAAUAAACAGCACUUUGCUCUUCCUGCGUCCCCUCCAGCGGAAUGACUCUGGAGUUUACAGGUGUGAGGUUGCCAAUGACAUCAACCUCCGCAGUCGGGAUGUGCGCAUUCUCAUACAAGACCAGUCUCAGGUGAAGAGGUCAAACUCCAUCGUUGUGGCCGGAGCUGUAAUGGGCGCAGUCCUCGCUCUCUUCCUCAUCGCCGUCUUCUUCAUCGUGAUCCUCACCGCUCGCAAGGCCCCGCCACCAGCUUUCGCUGACAAAGUGAUUGACCUUCCUCCGACACACAAGCCGCCUCCUCCCUACUCUGAGAGAGCACCGGCUGUUCCCCUGGGUGUCCACGCAUCACAAGUGGCCUGGCUCUGUCAGACUCGCAGGGCAGACCGCAGUCACGAGCUGACUGACAGACAGCACCCACUGACAACAAGGCCAGCCCCACGAGCAACGCAAAGCCCCACCCAGGAACUCUCCAGGCUGCAGUGGGUGUGUCAUCAGAGUGGGACAGACCGGGUGUACAUCAACCACCGUGAACACUAUGUGUGACAGACAUCCUGAACACAGUCCACCAAGCACCUGGCAGUCAUUCACUCAAGUGUACAGGCUUCACCUGAUUCACUGAGCCAUCAAUCCAGAGGAGGGAACAGCUGGCACCCUUAGAGGGCAACAGCUCUUUUAUUUCACAUCGUUAAAUGUUAUGUGUCUCAAAGGAGUGGUUCAAUGUUUUGGGAAAUACACUUAAUCUUUUUGCUCUAGCUUCAUAUUGAUUGUGCAGACAUUAAAGUGGUAUCAACCUUCUUUUUUUGACUCUCUACAAAAAGGUUAAAAAGUGCAUUUCCCAAAAUCUUAAACUAUUCCUUCGACUAAUUAAAAAUAAAAAAAAUUCUGUAUUCAUCAGUAUAUAGUGUUUGAUAUCACUUAGGAUACCAAAAGGUUGCUUCAGAAAUCACAUCUCCCUCCUAAUCACCUUGUGCACUAUACUGUACAUGAGGAGAAAACAGCUGAGGGUCAUAGUUGAAAUCCAAACACUGUUUUCCUUUUUCUUUUAUCAGAGAGGGUACCACAAAGCAUAAAUCCCCGACUCAUUCUCAGGCAUAUCACUAGACCAAACCACGCCAGAUCCAAACUGUUUAGAUCCACUGAGACCAAAUGUACUAACUGCAACACAGACCAUGAAGGGAUUAAUUAAGGUAUUUCAGUCCCAGUUCUGUAAUUUGCUCUAACGUGAUAACACAAUGCUUUUUUGGCAGCAUAAACUGUAUAAUUUUUAAAUGUGUACAUGUUGCCUCUGCGCCACUCAGUGGAAUAAUGUAGAUUUCUAACCUCCUACUAAUCAGGGAAAGAUGCCAGUACCUUUUAAAUAAACUGUAGAAAAAGAAUGCACUUGUUAUGUGUGAAAUAUUCAGAAUAUUUUGUUAGCAAGGAGUCAGCACUGCAACAGAUUCACUGGUUGUUGAAGUUGAAGUGGAUUACAUACUUCAUAUUGUUAUCUGGAGAACUGUUUUGGGCGCCAUAACGACAUUCCCCCUGAGUAAAUAGCAUGCUGUAGUUUUUUUAAUAAUUAUUGAAAUGAAUUUUUAUUUCAAACGUGUACGAUUUGUACCAGUAACAUGAUGCUGUGGAAACAGAAGUUGUGUGUUCUCCCUCUGUAUAGAGUCAGCCAGCUCUUGAUGGUGUUCAAUAACCAUCUAAAAGUAAACGGGCUGAGAGAUGGAAGCUCAGAAUCACUACAUUUGGAAA